CUUUGUGUAUUCAUUUAUUUAUCAACAAAAUGUUAGGAAACGUCGCCAUUUUUGGGUGACAUUAUCCAAGUAUGCUAUAGAACUGAUAAAAGUUAAUUUAGUUCUACAAUGGUAAGUGUCAAAACCAAAACAAAUUCGCCAUGUUGUUACCAAUUAGGGUUCCACAAUUAGGGUUCUGCAAUUCUUACCUACAUACUGUCGUAUCAGGGGACUGAAAAUCGUAGAUUCUGUUAUGAUAAAUAUUUAGUAGGUAGUGAGGAUGUAGUGAGGAUAUUUUCAUGGCUAAAAAUUAUGAAUAGGCGGUCCAAUUUACCUUAUACUAUUAAGCAAAGUUGUUCAGUUUUACGGGUACAGCGGACCAAGGCGUUAGCUGACCCGCCUUAACCGCGCGUUUUUAGAGAAACAAGCGGUUUAGGUUGCUCAGCUAACGCCUUGGCCAACUGUACAAAAAUUAGAAAAUUAUUAUCAACAAACGGGUACUUACAAUAAUAUUUAGAUUAAAGAUUAGAUUAGGAAAGUUUUCAAAGAAAAAUCAUAUCAGUUUACUGUGGGUACUGUAUUAAUAAGUUAAGCAUUAGUUUGAAAAUGAUUUUGUUGGACGAAUAGUGUGUAAGUAAUUUAAUUUUUUUAUUCAGGUUACCAGAAUUCCAAGCAAAGCAGAAUUCCAGCAUUCCAAAUAAUAGUAUGGUGAUGUUCCUGGAUAUAGAUCGAUUUUUAACAAAAAAUGAUUUCCGAAGUCUAAGGGACUUGCAAUGGCCUUGGAGUAUUACACAUUUCUUACUAUCAGAAACAUGUCCCGGGUGUCACACCAUUGUGUCACUUAACAAUAGAGAUUUACAUUUUAUUAAGAUUUACGAAGACAUCAGAUCAUUGCUAUAUCAAGAUUGGUUUUGGUGUGAGAAUUGUAACUACGCAGUUUAUGAUCACUUUCCAAGAGACGAGUGUGAAAUUUGUAGCUAGUACUAGUAUGUAACUAAAUACAUACCUACUUACUACUUAAGUACCUAGCACCACACAAUAUUUAUUAACAUAGUUUCAUGUUUAUGAACAAACACGAUGCCAUUCAAAGUGAUUCAAACUAUGGAACGAGGCUGUCUGCGAUUGACGACUGUCCCAGAGCAGUGGGAAAAAAAUGGUACUUUGUUCUGGCCCAAAACUAACGCGGAAAAACUUAGAAGGCGCGAGAAUUGUUAUCCAGAUCCUACUUGGAGAACUUUUAAUUGUAUUUUGAAAAGAAGCCAUUUACCAACAUUUAAAGACGCAGAAAAUCAAAUAGAUGCAAUGAGUGAUAGGUCCGAUACCGAGACGGAGAAUGAGUAUCGGAACAAUUCGCUAUCUGUAACCACCCAAAGAGAACCGUUGGCUCAUUCUUUUAAUAAAAUGGCGCAGGAGUUGGUAGAGAAUGAUCAAGAAAAUAUUGCUGCUGCUAUGCUAGAAAAGGAAAACAUACCACCGGGUGAAAACUAUGAUGCUGCCGUUAAUAUUGUUCAAACUCUGGAACCAAACUCUUUACCAGAAACAAUUGACCUAGGCUGUGAAAACACAGACAACCAAAGUCAAAACAUUUUGAUAUUAAAUCAAGAUGUACCACUACAGCAAAUUCAAGAGGAUAUACAGGCUCUUAAACAUGAUCUCAAAACAAUUCUUACUAAUCAAAAUGCUUUGUUUGAACUUCAAAACAAAUUACUUUUAAAACAUUCAGAAUUUCAGACCCAAUUCGAGGAAUACAUAAAGCUGUCUUCUAAGCUACCAGCUCAGGAUCGGGAUGAUGGUAUAAAUACCAUAAAAACUUCAAAUGAUUUUGAUGACUUUGAAAGAAACCUGUUAGAUGCAGUAUUUAAAGAAGAUCAUAAAAAAAAAAUUACGUGGGUUAUGUAGCAGAGGAUCUGGAAAGGGUACUUCAAAUGCAUACUACCUCAUUGAUCAUUUAUUUCACAGAGAGUUUUUGAAAAGUUGUACAUGGACUGGUUCAUCAAAGAAAGACCCGGUAAAGAUUUGUUUCAAAGCCCGAGAAAGAACAAUUAAUUUUUUCCAUGAUAUUGUGAAGGAAUCAGACGAAACAUUCAGCAAAGCAGAUUGCGAAAAAUUUUUCAAAAUUAUACUCAAAAAUGCUCACCAGCGCUGUGAGAGCAAUAAGAGAGCAUCUUCAGCAAGACAACGUACUAAGGGGAAAAAAACUAAAAAUGAUACUGCUACAACAUCUUCUGUGUGCGCUAUAGAACAGCCAGCUCAAGAAGAUAAUGUUCGUCCUCCACCCGAACCUUUGCUAGAUCAGCCAGUUCCAGCAAUACCUGAAUCCUCAGAACAAAAUCAACUUGAGAAUGUAGAGGUGAUAAACCUGCCCAGUGCUGCUGCUGUGCUGCCGGAAAAUUAAUUACUUAAGUAACAAAAAAAUGUGUUAACUUUCUAGAGUUGCUGUACCUAUGAAACUGAAAUAGUUCUCCAGUUAAAAAAGAAAAAACAGUUAGGUAUUCUACAUAAAAAUUUCUACUACACUCUAGAAACUUCAGAAAUUUAAUGUCAACAGCUACUGAAAGUUCAUGCAAUAAUUUUAUUUGCUGUUUGGAUAACAUAUCUUUGUAGUCCUUUUUUAUUUAUCUAGUGUUUAUUUUUUUAUUUGAAUUUUUGGCUCUUACGAAGCCCUAAAAAUUAUGUUCUUGAAGAAGAAGAAAUUAUGUUGAAAUUAUUAUUCGUUUUUUCAAGUACGCACGAGUAUUGAUUAUCUACGUUGUGGUUUAUUUGACAACAAGUUUUAAAUCUAGGUACCUACCUACUAUAGGUAAGUAUAUAAGUUGAUUUGUUUUUAGAGUAAGGCUCAUGCUACACUGGAUCAGGAAUGGGGACCGCUCCGGACUCACACACAGUCCGUGUGGUAACUGUCUAUGUCUCGCCCCGGAACGGACCUACAUCGUAACUAUCCUGCAUUCCCGCUCCUGUGUAUCAUAGGCUUUAGGCUACAAAUACCUGAAUAAGUUAAGUAUGUUAUUGUGCCGCAAUUUUUUUGACCUUAAUAUUACCUACAUAAAAAUGUUUAUGUAUUUUUUAAGUAUUAUUCCGAGUGAAGAUGCAUGUGAAUUUAAAGAUUGGUUAAAUAGUAUGUAGCUAAAGAGUUUAUUAUGUCUCUAACAAUAGUUUUAUAUAAAGUUUUUACUUUUAGUGUUAGAUAAAGAUAAUAAAUACCUCAUAAACCCAGACUGAUUAAAGUAACUAUUCUGUUAAUGUAAUUUAAAGUACAAAUUAGUUACUCCCGUUUUUUGAAUGUUAUUGUACUAAACUUUGAUAAGUUGUUGAUUGAAUGAUAAAUAAAAAUACCUGUUAAAUUUU